UUGGGGGGGGGGUCUACUUCACAGUUGGCGUGGUUGUUUUGUCCGAGCCCCACCACCGCAAAGCAAAGCCAAGCCGAGCCGGCCCCCGGCAGCCGUGUUGUGCCCUCUCUGCUCCUGAAGGCAGUCCCCGUCAUGACCUCCCGUCUCUACGAUUCUGCUGAAAUUCGCUAAAUGGGAUUCGUGGCCGGUCCGAGGUUUCCACAGCAACCGGCCAUCCGCUUCCAUUAUCUCUGUAAUGAGGACAGCCAGGAGGAUUUAACACGGUUCCUCUCUGCGCGUCUCUGAUUUAUUGUUUUUGUUUGUUUUUUUUUUUGUUGUAGGGGGGGCUGACUCUCAAGACGCGUCAAAGGUCUGCACAUGGGGGCGGGCAAGAGCAAGCCCAAGGAGCCGGGCCAGCGCUCCAUGAGCCUGGACGGCACCAUCGGCACAGGCUCAGACAGCGGGCACUUCCACCACCUGGGCCCCGCCCAGCAGACCCAGACCCCCAACAGGAGCCCUGCCGUCGGGACAGGCAGGCGGGGGCAUCAAGGGCAGCAUCAGCACGCCCCGACAAACACUCCUGAACUGGCUCUCUUUGGAGGGGUGGACCACACAGGCACCAUCACUUCACCUCAGAGAGGACCUCUGUCAGGAGGUGUCACUACAUUUGUGGCACUGUAUGACUAUGAGUCACGGACAGCGUCUGAUUUGACCUUUAGGAAAGGCGACAGGCUGCAGAUUGUCAACAACACGAAAAAGUACAGCUUCAGAGAAGGGGACUGGUGGCUCGCUCGCUCCCUGACGACAGGAGAGAGUGGUUAUAUCCCCAGCAACUAUGUUGCUCCGUCCGACUCCAUCCAAGCAGAAGAGUGGUAUUUUGGGAAGAUCACUCGGCGUGACUCAGAGAGGCUCCUUUUGAACUUACAGAACAGACGAGGAACCUUCUUGGUGAGGGAGAGUGAGACCACUAAAGGGGCAUAUUGCCUGUCAGUGCUGGAUUAUGAUAACACCAAAGGCCUGAAUGUUAAACAUUACAAGAUCAGGAAGCUGGAUAGUGGAGGUUUCUAUAUCACCUCCCGCACCCAGUUCACCAGCCUACAGCAGCUAGUCUUCCACUACCGCAAGCACUCUGAUGGGCUGUGCCACGCUCUAUCAGACGUGUGUCCUGUGGCCAAACCUCAGACCCAGGGACUGGCCAGGGACGCCUGGGAGAUUCCCAGAGAGUCCCUCCGCCUCGACCUCAAACUGGGUCAGGGCUGCUUUGGAGAAGUCUGGAUGGGUACAUGGAACGGUACAACACGGGUAGCCAUUAAAACCCUAAAGCCUGGCACCAUGUCUCCAGAGGCCUUUCUUCAGGAAGCACAGGUCAUGAAGAAGCUGAGGCACGAGAAGCUGGUCCAGCUGUAUGCUGUUGUGUCUGAGGAACCUAUCUACAUUGUGACAGAAUAUAUGAGCCAAGGUAGCUUACUGGACUUCCUUAAAGGGGACGCAGGAAAGAUGCUUCGUCUGCCUCAGCUAGUAGACAUGGCCGCUCAGAUUGCGGCAGGCAUGGCUUACGUGGAGAGGAUGAACUACGUCCACCGAGACCUACGCGCUGCCAACAUCCUGGUGGGAGACAGCCUGGUGUGUAAAGUGGCCGACUUUGGUCUGGCAAGACUCAUUGAAGACAACGAGUACACUGCAAGACAGGGAGCUAAGUUCCCAAUCAAAUGGACGGCACCAGAGGCUGCGCUGUACGGUCGUUUCACCAUCAAGUCUGAUGUUUGGUCUUUUGGUGUUCUGCUCACAGAGCUGGCAACUAAAGGCAGAGUCCCAUAUCCAGGUAUGGUUAACCGCGAGGUGCUCGACCAGGUGGAGCGCGGCUACAGGAUGCCCUGCCCAGCAGAGUGCCCCAGCUCCUUGCACGAGCUCAUGCUCUCCUGCUGGAGAAAGGACCCAGAAGAAAGGCCUACGUUCGAGUACCUGCAGGGCUUCCUAGAGGACUACUUCACCUCCACAGAACCCCAGUAUCAGCCUGGGGAGAACCUAUAGAACCACAAACUGAACCGAACCUGGGGGGGGGGGGGGGAAGAACCUCAAUACAGAACGAUCUGCACUAACCGACCUCAGAGGAGCACCUGUGGGAGGAUCUGAGCCUGUGAAACUCACCUGGGAGGAACUUGAGAUUCUUCUGUGGAAGCAAAACCGAGACAGAAACCUGAAGAGGUCCCAUCAUGUGCCAUAAAGAAACUGCUACAGAAGAACCUAGAGAACCUCCCUUCUGCAAGUACUCACUGUUUACCGAAGGUUUUCCUUCGGAAGUGAGGUUCAAGGCUGUGAAGGAGAACUCCUGCUGGACGGACUCUGGUUUGAUCGAGGGACUACACUGGCGGGUAGAUGUUUUUGAGAGGUGCGACUUACGUGGGAGGAAACCGAAUCAGGAUCUACAGACGGAGCGAGAGGGAAAAGAAUAAACAUCCUGUUGAAGAGAGAAAGUCGAGGGAGGAUAUUUCAGUCGGACAUGAGCUGUUUUAGCGAAACCUCCCUCUUUCUAUCUUCUAUCGUGUCUCUUAACCCUCGUCUGGUACCUUCUCCGCCCACAGAAGAGCACUGCCACUGUGGCUCAGGUGCCAAAGGAAAGUCUGUCUCUCUCUUCACGUCCUUUAUGUUCUUUAUGCCUCUCUUCCUCUAUUUCUGUCUGACUUUCAGUAUCUCUCUCCAGUUUUCUCAAGUGCUGCUUCUUCAAAGUGUCUCCAAAUAACUCAGCUCUGGAACUCUACUUUGCAUCUUUUUAUUUAUGUUUACUUGGACAAUAUACGUCCUGUGGUUUAGGGUUUUGUUCGAUGGCAGACAAAGGUUCCUGAUAUCAAGGUAAUGCCAGAAUAAACAUACUCAACAGGCAGGUUCUGUAACACUGAUAAUUAGGUCAAUUGAAUAAAAAUUCAAGGCCUUUCUCUCUUAUUUAAUCCUCCGUCUUUCUUUUCUACCACGCUGUACAGCUAUUGCGGCCAGCUGGAUCCAACCUGGAUGAUUAAAAAAUGAUUUUGAUGCAGGUAGUGUUUGACUGCUUGUUGUUUUGAUUUACCUUGAUUUUAACUGGAAAGUUGCAUUGAAACUAAUCAGCACGGUUAUAGUGGCACUAAAGAGCAGUUUUAGGAGUUAUCAGCUCAUUUCCUCAGAGGCGUAAGUGGGGUAUCUUUCAUGUAUCUUUCAUCAAACAUUUAUGGUGACCUACUAAGAGGCUGAUAUGGCUACCCAACCAAUAUUACUGUUUAAUAUCCAACUCGGCUCAAGAUGUGAAAAACUCGGAGUGUAAAAGCCUUCCUCGUGUGCCAAACAAAUCACAUUUCUUUACUGCUGUCCAUGUAUAUAAUGUUUUUAUUAUCAAGGGGCUUACUUCGGGUUUUUAGUUCUUAAACUAGGCAAUUUACAAUAAAACUCUGCACCCUUUCCCCAGUAAACCUCAUGUUAAUGAGUAAACAGGACAGACGAACCUGUUUCUGUUUGCUGAAGGAUUGAAAAGGUUUUGCAGUCACUUCACAGCUGUUGUGUCCAUAAAAAUAUGCAACCAGGCGGCCCUAAUGAAACUGUAAAACUUUGAUCAGGUAACCCUAAUAAAACUGUGUUUAUGACUUACUAUAAGAGGUGAUUUUAAAACCAGUUAGCAUGCUUUUGUGCCGUUCUUCUCUUGACCAUUUGGCUGGGUUUGUAUUUAUGCUGUACUGUACAUCCAACACGUGUAUGUUUAGUUUACUCAAGGUUCAGGUGAGGUGAUGGGAUCACAAACAGACUUCUGAACAUGUGCCAUCAAUUCUUUAUUUUAUUUUUUUAAUAUCUUAUCCACUGCUGCCACUCCUCACUGUCAUACUGUACAUACUGUAGCUCUUUAGAGUUGGUUUUUUGUAUCAUGUAAGCCACUUUCAAAUGGUUGGGUAUUUAUGUUGGGUGUCACACAUUUCACAGUGGUUUAGUUUAUGACGUAGUCGAUGCAGCAACAGUAGAUAUAAAGUUAUAGAUUGUUGCCAACAAAUGCUAUAAAACCCAGUUAUCACAAUAUGAGCCACGCAGCCAUAAGAGAGAUGGUCCACGCCCAGUAAACAGCAUGAAGUUCUUAUCCAGCGACGAUGAAUCCUGGUGGCUAAUUUUAAUCAAUGUGGGUGAUUCUAAAAUCUCAAUGAAGACAGAGUUUGGGUUGUGAUAUGAAAUUAAAAAUGAGGUCAAAGAUGUAAAUAGUAUCUUAAACAAAUGACUGUGACUAUCAUGUAAUUUGUUUUUGUGUAGUUUUUCUUUAAUUGCUCCUCCAUGUUGAGGUUUUUACAUUGAUGCACGCCUGUUCCCAAAAUGUUCUAAUAUUAAGAUGCUACUGUAAAUGGGGCUUAAGGGAUGUUUUUUUUUUUUUUUUUUAAAUAUUGGACUUAUUAUAAAAUCCUAUCGGCAAAAGACAAUUUAAAAUUGGGCUUGAUGUGUAUAUUUCCGAGAACAUAUUUAUCAGUGCUUUCCUCUUUUAGAUUGGGAAAUACCCAAAUCUGCCGCACUGAGCCGCCUGUAAGUCACUGCGACAAUGUGGAAGUUAACGGGCUCAUGACAAGUAUGAGUAACACCAAGGUCUGAUUGGAUUUUCUGUGCCAUAUUAAAGAAGUGUCUCGCCCUUUUUUUUAUGUUUUUUUUUUUUUUUUGGUUUUUAUAAAUCUAUGCAGUUUCGGUCUGGCAUUCCUGCAACUUCAUGGCCAUUUUGUUCUAAAGUCAAUAACAAUGAUCAUAAACAGAAGGUGUGAGCAUUUUGUAAGGACUUCUUUCGUCUUUUUUUUUGUUUUUGUUUCCAAUGUAACAGGAUUGAAAUGGGUAUCGUGCCACUUUAUGUUGAUCUUUAAAUGUGCAAUAAAUUAUAUUUCAAAUGUG